UAGGGUACUUUAAAUGCUCUAGGGGCAAUUGUAGGUCGAAGUCCCUUAUUUCAAGGGCAGUGGGCACGUGGUUUGAAGGCGUCAAACUAAGCUUUCCCCAGGUGUUUUACCUGAUGUAUUGUUUUGCCCACCGAUUUACGCGGGAGGAUAUUUAUAGGGAGGACUAUGCGAGCGUUGAAAAGAAAUUGUCAUCUGCCACUAUCUCCGACUGGUAUAGCUACUGCAGGGAAGCAGUAGUUAUAUUUCAGUUAGACCACCAAGAAUUCAAAGGGAAGAUCGGUGGUCCAGGAAAGGUAGUGCAGAUUGACGAAAGUAAAUUCGGAAAACGCAAAUACAACAAAGGAAGACGCGUAGAAGGACAUUGGGUCCUGGGUAUGAUAGAGGAUGGCAGUGAGGACCUCAGACUGGAGGUAUGCCCGGACAACGUACGUUCCGCUGAGGUCCUCAUCCCUCUUAUUCGCAAAAAUGUACGAGAAGGAACAACUAUAAAAACAGAUUUUUGGCGCGCAUACGAAUGCCUCCCUGAAUAUGGUUACAUCCAUAAAAAGGUUAACCAUAGUGACCCUGGCAAUCCCUUUAUCGCCGAGGAUGGCACAAACACACAAAGAAUUGAGUCUCAUUGGCGUGUGGUAAAGAGAUUUUUUUACAAAGACAACUAUAAUAAUCCGGCAAACUUUGCUGAUGUUAUAGUAGAAUGA